UGGAGGGAUGAGGAUGCAUGCGGGACUGCUCGAGGAGCGAUGAUGAAGUGGUGGAGGAGAGAGACCCAGUCCAGAGGAGUUUAUGGACCGUAGGAAACACACAGUUUCAUUUGAAGAGAAAAUACAUGGAGCUGACAGAAGAAAGACGGAUGACAAAACCAAUAGUCGCUAGAGGAAAGAAAAACAGUUUGACGUGGAACAAACAGAAAUAAAAGGGAAAUGAAGGAAGCAAGUGAACAUGGUUGACAAGGAAACCACGGAGACGAAUUCUCCUCCUCCACUUCCCCCGCUCACCUCUGCUCCUCCUUCAAGUUGCUCCUGAACAAUUUGUGGCUCAGAGGGAGGGAGUGAAGGAGGGAGAGGGAGAGAGAGAGAGUGACUCCAUCCGACUGAGUGUUUUGAUGUGUUUAGUGACGGAAUCCCCUCAUUCAGUCUCGAAGAGACUCCAAGAGGAGGAGGACCGGAGGAAGAGGAGGAGGAGGAGGAGGAGGAGGAAGAGGAGGAGGAGGACCUGAGUCCGGACUGCGGAGAUUCCGAAGCAGCGCUUCUCGAUUCUGGAGUCCAACUGCUCUCCUGCGCGCUCUCGUCCCAUUGUGACGCCUCCAGUCGGCGGGGAUAUUUCCAGCGGCUGCGGGAGGCGGAACAGGGCUCUUCGCGACGACAGGUGGAUUAUCGCGUGUUGGGUCUCGAUGGCGGGAACACCGUUGGAUUAAUUUCCCGCUCCAGUCGCGGGGCCGAAUGGAGUAACAGGCUGCGAUGUCCUCUCCACCUGGCCGCCUGGAGAGAUGUGUCACGGGAAGGGGAUCAACUUUCAACACUUCUCCGCUCUCUUCGCGGACGCCGUGAGAGGACGCCGCGAUGCCGCCCCGCGGACGGGUCACGGCUGCCGCCCGGCCCGCGCAGCACGUCGCGGCCGCCACCAUCCAGCGCACGAGCGAGGACGGAGGAGCCUCGCGAACCUGCUGCAGCGACGUCUGGUGACACCGAAGGGAGCCAUGGGGGCUCUGGGCUGGACGCUGCUGCUGCUGUCCCAGCUCUCGCUUCCUGUCCGCUCUCAGAAACCCCCUGGACUCAGCGUGGGGGUGGUCAUGGGUCAGACGCGACCCGUCGCGGACCAGGAGCUGCGAGCGGCUCGCCGCCCCGACGACGCGCUGGACGUGAACGUGGUGAUGCUGAGGAUCAACCAGACGGACCCCAAGUCCGUCAUCACGCAGGUGUGUGAGCUUCUGACUCGCACCCGUCUUCACGGACUGGUCUUCGCCGACGGCACCGAUCAGGAGGCCAUCGCUCAGAUCCUGGACUUCCUGUCAGUGCAGACGCAGCUGCCGGUGCUGGGCGUGCACGGAGGCUCCUCCAUGAUCAUGGCCGACAAGGAUGAGAAGUCCACCUUCUUCCAGUUCGGCGCCGCUCUGCAGCAGGAAGCUCUGCUGAUGCUCGCCAUCAUGGAGGAGUACGACUGGCACGUCUUCUCCAUCGUCACCUCCAAGUUCCCUGGGUACCAGGAGUUCAUCAGCACGCUGAGGAUCACUGUGGACCACAGCUUCGUGCGCUGGGACCUGCAGAGCGUGGUGACCCUGGACGCAGUGGACGGUGACCCCAACUCCAAGUCCCACAUCGCCCUGAAGCGGAUCCAGAGUCCGGUCAUCCUGCUGUACUGCUCCAAGGACGAGGCUGUGUACAUCCUGGAGGAGGCCCGCUCCCUGGGCCUGAUCGGAGCCGGCUACAUCUGGAUCGUGUCCAGCUUGACCACCGGGAACCCAGACUUCACCCCAGAGGUCUUCCCCCUGGGCAUGAUCUCCGUGUCCUACGACGACUGGGAUUAUCCUCUGGAGACCCGGGUCCGGGACGGCGUGGGCAUCAUCUCGUGGGCCGCCACCGCCAUGUUGCGGGAGAAGGGCGAGCUGCCCGAGGCUCAGGGCGGCUGCAGCAGCUCGCCGUCGGACCGCAGCCCGGGCAAGCUGCCGCCCAGCGCCCUCCGCAGACACAUGAUGCACGUGUGGAACGAAGGUCGCGACCUCUCCUUCACGCCGGACGGCUACCAGGCCAAUCCCAAGCUGGUGGUGAUCGUGCUGAACAGCGAGAGGAAGUGGGAGAAGAUGGGCCGCUGGGAGAACGGCACGCUGUCGCUCAUGUUCCCCGUGUGGCCACGCUACAACUCUCACGGAGACGAGGACGCGGACGAGAACCACCUGUCCAUCGUGACUCUGGAGGAGAAGCCCUUCGUCAUCGUGGACAACGUGGACAUCCUGACUGGGACCUGCAUGAGGAACUCGGUGCCCUGCCGCAAGCACGUCAAGGACAACAGCACGUCGGGCGGCUCCUACAUCAAACAGUGCUGUAAAGGCUUCUGCAUCGACAUCCUGAAGAAGAUCGCCCGGAAUGUCAAGUUCACCUACGACCUGUACCUGGUGACCAACGGCAAGCACGGCAAGAAGAUCAACAACGUGUGGAACGGCAUGGUGGGAGAGGUGGUGUACAAGAAAGCCGCCAUGGCCGUCGGCUCGCUGACCAUCAACGAGGAGAGGUCAGAGGUCAUCGACUUCUCCGUGCCUUUCGUGGAAACGGGAAUCAGCGUGAUGGUGUCGCGGAGCAACGGAACCGUCUCGCCGUCCGCCUUCCUGGAGCCCUUCAGCGCCUCCGUGUGGGUGAUGAUGUUUGUCAUGCUGCUCAUCGUCACCGCCAUCGCCGUCUUCCUCUUCGAGUUUGUGAGUCCGCUGGGCUUCAACCGGAACCUGGCGCAGGGCAAAGACCCUCACGGCCCGUCCUUCACCAUCGGGAAGGCCAUCUGGCUGCUGUGGGGCCUGGUCUUCAACAACUCCGUCCCGGUGCAGAACCCGAAAGGAACCACCAGCAAGUUCAUCGUGUCGGUGUGGGCCUUCUUCGCCGUCAUCUUCUUGGCCUCCUACACCGCCAACCUGGCCGCCUUCAUGAUCCAGGAGGAGUUCGUGGACCAGGUCACGGGCCUGUCCGACAAGAAGUUCCAGAGCCCCUACUCCUACUCUCCUCCCUUCCGCUUCGGCACGGUGCCCAACGGCAGCACGGAGCGCAACAUCCGCAAGAACUACCCGGACAUGCACCAGUACAUGACCAAGUACCACCAGACGGGGGUGCAGGACGCGCUGGUCAGCCUCAAGACCGGGAAGCUGGACGCCUUUAUCUACGACGCGGCGGUGCUCAACUACAUGGCCGGCAGAGACGACGGCUGCAAGCUGGUGACCAUCGGCAGCGGCUACAUCUUCGCCACCACCGGCUACGGCAUCGCCCUGCAGAAGGGCUCCUACUGGAAGCGGCUGGUGGACCUGGCCAUCCUGGGCAUCAUCGGGGACGGUGAGAUGGAGGAGCUGGAGGCCCAGUGGCUGACGGGCAUCUGCCACAACGAGAAGAACGAGGUGAUGUCCAGCCAGCUGGAUGUGGACAACAUGGCCGGGGUCUUCUACAUGCUGGCCACCGCCAUGGGCCUCUCCAUCCUCACCUUCGUCUCCGAGCACCUCUUCUACUGGCGGCUGCGCUACUGCUUCACCGGCGUCUGCACCGGGAGGCCGGGGCUGCUCUUCACCAUCAGCAGGGGCAUCUGGAGCUGCAUCCACGGCGUCCACAUCGACAUGAAGAAGAAGGCGCCGGAGCUGGACUUCAGUCCUCAGGCCAACAUGCUGCACCUGCUCAAGUCGGCCAAGUCCAUCGCCCUGUCGUCGCCCAAACGCAACACGGUGCUGCUGCAGCCCAGCAUCCUGGACGUGAUGGCGGGGAAAGGCAACUCCCUCCACAGCCUGCCGCACAAGGCUCCCGGUCUCUAUGGCAACGCCUCGGGGCCUCAGGGCUUCCUCUCGUUGUCCGGGCGACACAAGAACCUGCUGAACAACGCCGCCCCAUUCCCUGUGCAGCCCAAAGUCCCGCUGCACCAGAGCAGCCCCAGCAAGCCUCAGCUGCCCGUCACCGACGACAGCGGGAAGCCGCGCGUGGCCGUGGCCUCCGCCUCCAAGCCGCGAGCGCUCUGGAAGAAAAGCGUGGAGACCAUCAAGACGCAGCCGCCGGCGCCCGCCUCCGGCCCCGGACCGCCGCCCAUGAAGAGCCAGCGCUACCUGCCCGAGGAGCCCCAGCACUCCGACCUCUCCGAGUGCUCCAGCCGCCCGCCCUCGCACAAGGACUCCGACGCCAUGAGAGGCGGGUUCAAGGCCCUGAACCAGCUGAGGAAGAGGGGGGGCGGCGGGGGGCCCGGCGGCGGCGGCGCCAAGAUCUACUCCAUCGACUCUGACCAAGCCAGUCUCCAGUCUGCGCCGCCCUACCAGCGGGACAGCCAGGGCGGGAGCGAGGAGCACGGCUACCCCCCCGACCUGUUCCCGUCCCCGAGCGACGGGCCCAUCCUGCAGCUGAGCGCCACCUUGCUGCACCACAGCCACAGCGCCGAGGCCGACCUGCACUCGCUCAAGGACAAGAAGUACGGCACCUACACCCACGGCAGCGCCAAAGACAAGAGCGGCGCUUCCUUGGAGGCGCCCGGCUCGGGCUCGGCCUCGCAGACGGCAAAGCCCGGCCAGUGCCGCUCUUGCCUGGCCAAGCUGGGCGGCUUCUCGGGCCUGUACACAGUGCGCUCGCCGCAGGGCCGCUGCGAGGCCUGCGCUCACCUGGGGAACCUGUACGACAUCAGCGAGGACCAGCUGCACUCGCGCUUCUUCAGCCACUACCUUCCUCAGAGCGAGCUGGGCCUGGUGGGCGAGGGCGACGGGCUGGUCAGUCACCUGGAGGCCUCGCCCACCUCGCCCUCGCCCCUGGCCACGCCCACCUCCGCCCCGCACCUGCAGCUCAGUCGCCAGCACUCCUACGAGAACGUGCUUCCCGACGGCCUUCCGGAGCGGCCGCCGGACGAGGGGGCGUACGCCAACGUGCUGACCAUGCGCUCCGACCGGCCCUCGCCCUCGCCCUCGCCAUCGCACCACCACAGCCUGGACGCCCCCCUGCCCCUCCCCCGCCGCUCCAAGAGCCUCUUUCCUGACCGGCCCUCGCAGAACCCCUUCCUCCAGUCGGCGCCCGGCACCGUGCAGCGGGAGCCGGCCGCCGGCCGCCUGCCGCAGAGGAGCUCCGCCCACGAGCUCUACAAGCAGCGGAUGCCGCUCUCGCUGACGCUGGGUAACCACAGCAACCUGCACGGUGGCCAUCUUGACCAGCAGGCCUUCUACCCGCCGCAGGAGCCGCCCGCCGUGGCCUACAUGCUCCCGCCCGCUGCCUCGCAGCCCAUGAGCUACGUGACGGCGCCGCGAGCCUCCAGCGCCGGCGGCAACCGGCCGCGGCUCUACCGUCGGAUGCCCAGCAUCGAGUCCGACGUCUGAGGGGCGGAGAGGUGCCGCACCCCUCCUUGUACAAACACACGCACACACUGUGUUCAUUUUGGUGAUCGUUGAUGUCAGCCAGCGGAACAAUCCACGCGGGGAAAGCAAAUGGCCGCCGGCCUCUCAGGACGAGAGCGCACGGGCGCGCGUGAGUUCUGGUGUUCCUCGCUCCGGUGACGUUAGCGUCGGUUGCUUCCUCUUUAGCUUCAGGUCUCACUUGCAUGCUUCCUCGCGCCCUGCGCGUCACACACUCCCCGCCAGGGCCCACUAGAGUAGAGCGUGCGUGCGCCGCCACCGGGCCUCUGUUGUGCACUUUGUAGAUUUGAUACCACGGACUGAUGCCUCGUCCAACCAAAAACACUUUUCUACUCUGGACUCGCUGAGCUCGGCGUGACGGCCGCGGCGGCGGCUCCGCACGGCCCGCUCCAGUCGGACCUCUGCCCGGGACCGGGCCGUGCGGAGGCUGGCCGCGGGAGCGCCCCCUGCUGGCUGGGUUUAUGCACAAUAUCAGGUCGCAAUAUUCUUCUUCUGUACAGUUUGGGUUGGGUGUUUUGCUUUCUGGAGUGUGAGAGUGGCGUCUUCUUCUUCUUCUUCUUCUUCUUCUUCUUCUUCUUCUGACCUUGGACUGGCAUGUUCUAGACUCGUGCUGUUUUUCUUCCGGGAGCUGUCGCGGCUGGAUGCUGAAUAAUGGCGGCCCGGCCUGCGUGGACCGCUUCCUCCCGCCCACGUCCCUCACUGCUCCGAGAGUGUGUGUGUGUGAGUGUGUGUGUGAGUGUGAGUGUGUGUGAGAGUGUGUGUUUUCUAGCGCGGUGGAGCUUUAUAUAAGCGCGAGGGUGAGCCUGCGUCCCACUCGCCGCCUCUCUCAGCCACACCCACCUUGUGUCCCCGCUCCACCGUGGCCCCGGGCCCCGCUGUAGACCUUCAGGGUUUCUAACAUGUUGUGUGAUGUACAGACCUUGUCACUCAGUACCUCUGUACAAUCUGUACAUAAGUAAAGUGACAUUUUUCUACGCGUCCGGCUGCGCUUCAUCAGCUCGCCAGCGUGUGGCGCUAAUCCCGCUCACUCCUUCACACGCCUGCUCACCGGCGCGUUGCACCGCGGCUCACAUUCAUCCGUCCAUCAUCCACUUCCUUGAUCCUUGUGAGGACAUUUGACUGGACCCCACCAGCUUUGAUCUGAGGCCCAAAUCAUCCAAACACCUGGCUUCCGGUCUGGUUCAGGUGAGCCAUGGCUGGGGAAAGGGUGAUGGGAGGUCCUCACAAGGACAGACGGGCAGACACCAGUGUGUGUGUGUGUGUUUAUAUCAGUGUCCUGCUAAAAUGGCUUUAUUUUCAAAAACAUUUGUCUCCCUGAGGACACAAACGCCCUCAUCUUGGCUGAAGUGGGACACACACACACACACACGUGCGCGGCCUGAGGAUCUGUCACACGCUGCAGAGGAGGAAGGAGAAGAAAGGAGCAGACGUCCAGAGCUGAGGAUCCACGGCAGGAAGUGUGUGUGUGUGUGUGGGGUGAGUCUUCACUCGCUCAUCGAUGUGUUUGUUCACUCAUCAGUGUGUUUUCACUCCAAUAACUUCCCGAGUGUCUGUGUGUGUGUGUGUGUGUGUGUGAGAGAGAGAGGGAGAUGCCUCCUGACUUGAUCCAUAUGCUCCGCUCCUCAUGACUUAAUGACCAGAACCAGGCCGCACCACACACGUGGAACAUUCUGGAUCAGGACUGGGCUCCUGCCCCGCAGUGGCUCACACACACACACUCGCAGCAGCGGCGCGAUCGAGCAGAUAAAUGAAGAUAAUGAAGAGCUCGUCCAUCUGAGCCGACCUGCGGCAGGACCAGAGUCCGCCAUGAUGCUGGGCCCGGGGCCCCGCUGCAGGGCCGCCCCGGACCCCGACCUCCUCAUUAGCGGCCCACACACACACGCGUGCGUGCGUGCGUGUGUGUGUGUGUGUGUGUGUGUCGGAGCAGCAGCAGCCCACACUGCAAACAAACCCAUGAAAAUUCAUGAGGACCCGGCGACGCCUACUCACACGGACUAAAAAUACUGGAGUUGAGCUUCGUCAGAGAGGAAGAGGAGGGAGAGAUGAAGAUGAGGAGGAGGAAGAGCAGGAGAGAGGAGGAGGAGCAGGAGAGAGGAGGAGGAGCGACACGAAGCCCAGCAGAGAAGCACAACACUCAGGUCCAAGGUGAAGGCCUGUUCUGAGUGUGUCUCUCCAGGAACCUCUGUGAGGUCCAGUGUGGGGGAAACGCUCCCUGUGGGGACCCCACAAGGUUCAGCAUCAAUCUGAGGAUGAAGACUUCAAAGUAACUGGGUCUCAGUCUGGUCCAGGGGACCCAGGGAUGGAGGCUGGGGAAAGGUUGUUGGCCAGGAGAGGUCCCCACAAGGACAGGGAGACAGACCUGAGUGUGUGUGCGCUGACUGUGGGAGAGAGAGAGAGAGACAGUGGGUGAGAACGCUCCAGACGGUGGCGCUGUCUCUCACACACAGGUGUCUCCCUCAGGCCCGUGAGGCGUCCAACUGAGACCUGGAGCAGAGCUUCGACACUGACUCAGCAUAAGGUGAUUUUGGGCCUCUCCCUCCCUCCCUCUCCCUCUCU